AAAGCCCUUUACUGAGGCGACAGGUGACGCAGGGCGCUGGGCGGGGGGACGCGGGAGGCAGCAGGCGCGUGUCGGCGGCGGGUCGCGGGGCCGCGGCCUGCAGAGACCUGAAGUUAGGGCAAAGUGAACAGAGAAUCCGUGACGUUACAUCAGGCUCCUACGUAAGAAAACCAUGGCAUAUGGCUUACCAAGAAGGAACACAGUGAAAGCCAUUUUGAGGGGCAGUUGUUAUAAAGUACAGGAACCAUGGGAUCUUGCAUCUCUUACAAAGACCUGGUACAUGAACAUAGCCAACAUCAAAUUGCCUUUCUUGGGAGAAAUUACAUUUGGUUCUCCUGUAAAACUCACGCCAUGUAAAACCAAUAAGGAUGGCCUACUCCCUUCAGCAGAAGCUAUCAAAGUCGAAAAGGAGUAUGAAAUGAAGCACCUGAUGAAACUGAAGUGCCGAGAAGAUGCAUAUGCCCAAGUCUGCUUUCCUCUAAGGGAAAAGCAAGGUGGUUUGAGAAGACCUCUGCAGCCCAAGUGACACCACCGUCUUCUUAAGUCUGUGCUCUUUUCCUGCAUACAAGGGGAACAGGUCUCUGAUUCGUUCACUGUGUAGUUUUUUCACUGUGUAGUUUGCUGCAGUCACAGCGGUGGCCCCUGGUGAUUGGGCCGAUGCUCUGAAACGUGGCUUAGUGGGGAGGCUCUGACAGAGCUCCUGGGCCGGCUACACUCUCGUUCCUUUGUGUCAUAAACAAUAGCACUGUAAGUAGAUGAAAACUAUACCUGGAGUUGAGUCAUUUUGUGUUACUCAUCUCAAUUCUUAUAAAGGCAGGACAAGGGAAGAAGAAAGUCUUGUCGGAGGAAUCACUUGGAAGAAACAUUUUGAACUUGCAUCUUUGAGAUCCCAAGGGGAGAGCUCUAAAAGAAAGAGAGAGAGAAAUUCUCUUAAAAAGGAUAAACUGAAAAAAAUUGGUUUUAAGAAAAUGAUAGGUUUAAUUCUGAUAAUUCUACAGCUACCAGUUUUUAGUGAAGUAUCGCAUUAUUCUCAUGUGAUAUUUAAUUUUUUUAUUUAAAUAUUUUAUCAUGUGGUACUUCAAAAU